AUGCCAACCAGCAUGGGUGGAUUCGCCGCCUCCCAACUUGCUGUGCCGGCUGUGUGCACCCUAAUUGCUUUCCUUUCUUACACUUCCCAGUAUCUGUUCUACGAAAUUGAUCCGGGGCCACUUUCCAAAUCUGAGUCCAUCAAAUUCAACGCCUUGGUAGUGUGCAUUUGGAUAUGCUAUGCAAGAGCGUGUGCGACCGAUCCCGGAAGCGUCCCCGCUGGCUGGAAGCCGGCUGUCUCCGAUGAGACAUCUGGAACCCAUCUUGAGGGUGAUCCAGCCCUCAUGUCGCGCAGCAGGCAAAGGUGGUGCCGGAGAUGCGAGGCAUUCAAGCCGCCAAGGGCGCAUCAUUGCAAAUCCUGUCAGAAGUGUAUUCCGAAGAUGGACCAUCACUGUCCUUGGACAAACAAUUGUGUGUCUCAUUUUACAUACCCACAUUUCCUUCGGUUUGUCUUAUAUGCGGUUAUUUCGAUGAUCUAUCUUGAAAUCUUUUUAUAUGAUAGGGUAUCCAUUGUAUGGAGCAACAGAAAUUUACCUAUCUAUCUUGGCCCUUCUCCACGGCAACUAGGGCAUUUGUUCUUACUCGUAAUGGUUAAUUCAAUGGUCCUUUUUGCCCUGUCUGUUUUGCUCCUGAGAACCAUCUGGAUGCUACUACAAAACCAGACUACAAUUGAAGGAUGGGAAAUUGAACGACAUCGAGCCUUAUUGCGGCGGGCUCGCGUAUUCGGAGGCUACCUUGAUGGCCCGGAUGGUACUAAAGUUCGGAUUGAAAAACAAGAGUUUCCAUUCGAUAUUGGAAUAUGGGAGAAUAUCCAAGCGGGUAUGGGAGGCAGUGCUAAUGUUCUAAGCUGGUUUUGGCCCCUCUCUAGGACUCCACUUCCUGGCACUGGGCUAGAUUUUGAAGUCAACGGGCUUGAUGAUCCCUCUCUCUCCUGGCCACCUCCGGAUCCAGAUCGAAUGUACCGACAUGUUCUCCCCAGUGAAAACGACAACGUCAUGAUACUUGAUCAGCAGCAAAACUUCAGCCAAAAUGCCAUUGAUGCGUUCAGGCGUCGACAAGAAUUAGAUUACAAGCGCCAUCAAUUAGACUUAGGCGUCCAGCGGCGUAAACCUUUCCAUGAGAGAUAUAUGCAAAAUAUAGAUGAUUCUAUAUCGGAUGGAAAUGACUCUAUAAAAGGUUAUUACUCGUCGGACAGCGGCGAAGAAGGGUGGCGGAAUUCGGAUGGAGAUCGAUUACGCGACUUUGGAGUUGACGAGGAAGCUGAAUUCUAUGACGAGGAUGAUAUUCCGUUGACAGUUCUGAUUCAACGGAAAAAUCAGGCCAAGGAGAAAUCUCUCGCCGUUGGCGGCUGAAACACCGUGAGGUGUAACUAUGCCCUAAAUCCGCUUUCUAAAGGAGUGCGUUAUAUGACGGCGAAGUCAUCAAUAACUUUCUUGUCGAUAAUAAUGUCGUAGCGUGGGGGAUUGUAUUAAGGGCAUUCCAGCCAUCUUACGAGGUUGACCGACUUCGGGUGUUGUUUCGUUGGUUCUAAGAAGCGUACCGCCUCACUCAGGGAAUUCGUGAUCCGAGAAACGAAGCCAGAGAUACAACAGCAUCCGGCCUAUAGUCUCUAACCUAAACUUGGCGGCAAUACCAAUCAUCUGGGCCUCUUUCUCGUCGUCGUCGUGACCACAAGCUGACUGUCCGGAAUUUGGAGUCCAUAUUCCAUAUCGUUAAGUCAUGGCAUAAAUCAGAUGUUAAAGCCAGCACGCUGUUUUAUAAAGCAGUCCAACAGACUAGCCAAAACAAUUUUAUUAAUGAUAGCUUGAGGCUCCACGGCUAUUGCGAUGUGCACAGAAUACUCUAUAGCCUAUUCACAAUCCGGUAACGCUGAUCCCCGGAGUCCUGGCUUCAGAUUUAAUUCGACUGUGGUCCUAUAUACAACAAAAAUUCCCCAAGGGAAGAGAGGGAGCACAUUCACUAAAUUCAAAUAUGGAAUCUUCAGGAGGCAGGAUAGAAAGGUCUGAAAAUUGAUGUCGAAACCCGCACCAACGCUUAAAGCAUUAUCUGCAAAC